AUGAGCACUAUCCAGCAGCAUUUGCAUUCGAAAGUUCGACUUAAUUCGCUUCUGGCUUUACUUUCUAAUAUUUCAAAAACUCCGACCGUAUCAAAGGCUCAGAAAGCUUUUUUAUUUACAUAUGCCUAUGUUGCUGUGUCGCGAAUUAUAGGAGAUGUCACUCGUGGAAUUAAUAAAAAAGAAUCCACUCUUGAGAUUUUGAACAGAAUCAAAUACUCAUUGUUGCGGAGUCUCGAGUCCGAUAAACUGCCUCAGUUGUUUGUUCGGCUUAUUGUCUUUUACCCACUUUCGGAAUAUGUUAUUACUCGUCUUUUUACCGCGGUAAUGAUACCUGCUCAUAAACUUGGAAAGGCUUCCCGACUUGUGACGAUUUUUACCUCGGGAUUGGUGUCUUCCUAUUAUGCCCAUCAUCUCUACAUCAAAGCAGUAAUAAAAAGGAGUCCAACUUUAUCUAUUGCCAAAUCCAGACUUGAAAAUAUUUCUUCAGAAGUCACUGCUCUUGUUCUAUCUAGAGCACUGGAUACCAUUAUAAGAAAAAUACUAAAGAGUCAUGCUAAAGUUUCACAGUCGACCUUAAGGUUUUACGAUGCUGCUCAGUUUACACUUAGUUGUUUUGUCAUUAUGUUCAGCUGGUUCUUUGUGCCUUCGAAAAUGCAACAGAAAUAUAGACAAUGGAUUACCAAGAUGGCAAAUAUGGACGAUGAUUUAGUUGAUGCUCUCAGAUAUAUUAGAACAAAGGAACUCAUUUAUGGAGAAAAUGGUGCGCAUUCCUCUAUGCUUGAAACAAUCUCAGUCAAAUAUGGACUACCAAAGGAGUCUGGAAAUACAGCCAAGACAGUCCCAAUCCCCUGCCGACUAGUGCAUGCAAAUUCGUUUGAGAGCUGUGAAAAGCAUGCUCUUUGGAGAUUUUAUCGAGGAAUGAAAACAGCGUCAAUGGUUUAUCUUCCCCUGAAUAUUUUUCUUUCCCUUCGUCAAAAGGAGAAAUUACUACCCAAGAUUCUGGGAAUCAUUAAACGGACUAUUCGAUCUUCUGCUUUUCUUGCCUCAUUCAUUGCACUUAAUUGGUAUUCGGUGUGUCUUGUUCGUACCCGUAUUGGUCCUAAACUAUUUCCUAAUGCAACGGCUCAACAACUAGACGAUACUUGGGGCCCGGCACUUGGUAGCUUUUUGUGCGGAUUUAGUAUUAUGUUUGAAGAGGUUAAAAGACGUACUGAGCUGGCUCUAUUUGUCUUUGCAAAAGCUACAAGCAUUUUGCUCCCAACUGAUUUGGGUUCUAACAAAAUGAAAUUGGAUUCGGCCUUGUUUUCAAUUAGCUUGGCAACACUUAUUACAUUUGCAAAGUCCGACCCUUCAGCUGUUAGCGGGUUUUUUGGUUACUUUUUACAGGGCAUGUACUAA